AUGCACACGCUGUUCAGCGAGCAGAAUGCGUAUUAUCGGCACGCGGCGACGGUGCCGAUGGGCAUGGGCGCGCCGUCGUACCCGGCGGUGGGCGCACCCGGGAGUUACUACGAGCAGUAUCGAUACGGCGGCUAUGCGACGGCUACGGGAUAUCCAGUGUCGGGUAUCGGACAGCAGCACAUUCAUCACGCCGGCAAGGAUAUGGUGAAGCCGCCUUACUCGUAUAUCGCGCUUAUCGCGAUGGCCAUUCAGAACGCACCCGACAAGAAGAUCACCCUCAACGGUAUCUACCAAUUCAUUAUGGACCGUUUCCCGUAUUAUCGUGAAAACAAGCAGGGCUGGCAAAAUUCCAUUCGGCACAACCUCAGCCUGAACGAAUGUUUCGUGAAAGUGCCGCGAGACGAUAAGAAACCCGGUAAAGGAAGUUACUGGUCCUUAGAUCCGGAUAGCUAUAACAUGUUUGAUAAUGGUUCUUAUUUGAGACGUCGCAGGCGUUUCAAGAAGAAGGACGCGCUCAAGGAGAAGGAAGAGGCGCUGAAACGACAGGGCAUCCUACCAGAGAAACGUCAGCAGGAGGACGUGAAAUCCAGCGGCAGUAAUCAGGUCGCGUUGCCGCCCCCGUCGGACACUUCGACGAAGAAGCUGGGCGGCGGCGGUGGUGGUGGCGCUCUCGAGGCCGCUACCGCCGCCGGUCUGUGCAAGCCGAAGCGGGAACCGGUGAACGAUAAUAACCAUUGCAUGGCGGCGGCGGCGGUGGCUGCGGCUGCGGCUGCGGCGGUUCAAGCUAGCAAAUACGGCCUGCACAGCCCGAUACAGCAGGAGGACAAGACGACGACGGCGGCGGCGGCGGCGGCGGCGGCGGCGGCGGUCGCGGUGCCUGGUCAAAGCGUUAUCCAGACCGCUCUCAGUCAUCAAGUGCAGCACCAGGCGCACCAGGCGCACCAAGUGCAUCAGGAGUCGAUCCAAGACGUAUCGAUGGCCGGAUGUCUGGAUCCAACCAGUUUCAGCGUCGAUGCGCUCAUGACGACACGAGAGAACAAUCCCGGUCUGAUGACGCGUGAUAACCACCAGCACCACUCGCACCAUCCGCACGGGCUUCAGCAUCCGCACUCGAUCAUGAGUAGCAGGGAGUCGAUGGGCAGCAGCGGCAGUAGGGACCACUUAUCAUCCACGGGCGGCACCACCACGACUACCACGACGGCCGCGGUGGCGGCGAUGAUGGCCACCAGCGGUUAUGGCCACACCAGCACCGUUUCCAGGGGCAACGCCUCGCCACCUGGCACCAUGUACACCCCGUAUUGUGCACCGGCGGCCGCCGGAUAUGCCAUUAUGGACCACGAGUACAACACAGCGCGAAAUCACGCGAGCAACGCCGUCGGUCAUUCGCAGUGGUAUCAUCAGGACGCCAGUCCUGACACGGCGAUCUAUCAGGACACCCAGUCUCCGAGCUGCCAGCUUUACAGGUCCAGUCCGCCGACGCCACUUUCGACGGGCGCGGCGCCGUCUCCGCCGCUGUACCAUAGAUAUUACCAAGACUGUAAUGCCGUCAACACCAGCGGUAAUCUGCCGAUAACGUUGCAGAAGUACUGA